AUGGGAGACCUGCGGUUGCUCCUGCUGUUGCCCCUGUUCCUGGCAGCCUUCCAUGAGGUCACAGGCUGCUUGGAAUGUGACCCCAAAUUCACCGUGGAUGUUAAGUCAUUGCUGGCAAAGCCGGUACCCUCAGAAGUCCCUGGCCGAACUCACCUACUUGAACGGCAGAUUAAGGAGAUGAUCCGUUUAAGCUUCAAGGUGUCCCACAGUGACAAGAUGCUUUUGGUACUGAAUGUUCAAAAUGCUGUCAAGUUGAGAACAUGGCUGAAGAAUGAAUUUUACAAACUGGGCAAUGAAACAUGGGAAGGUGAGGUACUAUUUCAAUGCAAGCUUCUUGAUGUUCGCCAAAACCUGGAAUAGAAGAACUUCUCUGAAAUUGCUUGUUCUGAAGACUGUGUUGUUACUGAAGGUCCUGCCCUGGACUGCUGGACCUGCCUUUGCAUCAACACCCAGUGCUUCAGAGGAGAGUAUUGCAGAGAAGAAGAUUCAAGGAAGGCUGAGAUUUGAGAGAUUGCACUAUUUCUGAUAUUGCUAGCAAUAGCUAUAAUAUUGGGAAGUGCUUUGUUACUAUUCCAUAUUUGUGUCUCUCAUCGGAGGAAAAUGAAGGCUAUACAAAGGUCAUUAAGGAAAUAUUUGGAGAUGAAACUUGAAGACUUAAUGGGGAUGACAGAUGAGAAGGAGAAAGACAAUUUUGGAAGCAGAUAA